AUGCUUACAAGAAGUAAAAAACAAAAACAAUCCCAACUUCCUCAACAAACUCAACAACAACUUCCUGAACAACAACUUCCUCAACAACAACAACCUCCUCAGCAACAACUUCCUCGACAACAACAGCUUCCUCAACAACAACCACAGAAGAGAGAUGAUGAUGAAGAUGAAAAUGGCACAGGUGGAAAUAAAAGGAGUAGAAUGUCUUUCGGAUUUAUAUUAAACUAA